CUUCCAAAGCCUCCUGCCCUCCGCUCUCAGACACCCUGGGUGAGUGGUUAGCAGGCCAGCAAGCCGGCAGCCCCUGGCUUCAGAAACUUCUGAGCCUUGGGUCAUUCUCCGUGCCACUCUAAGCAGCUGGAUUCCACAGACAGUGAGAGGCGACCAGGAGGCCAGAACGGAGCAGCAAGGAGAGCCCACUGGGGGCCGGAGUGCCAUGGCUCUCUGAUCCAAAGAGAAGUUAGCAAGGAAGUCCGAUUCACACACCUUCUCUGGGACCCUCCAUGAAUUCCAGGAAGAAAGUAGACUUGAAGCUCAUCAUCAUUGGUGCCCUUGGCGUGGGAAAGACCUCCCUCCUGCACCAGUACAUACACAAGACGUUCUAUGAAGACUACCAGACUACCCUGGGAGCCAGCAUUCUCUCCAAGAUCAUCGUGGUGGACAAUACCACCCUGAAGCUCCAGAUCUGGGAUACAGGGGGUCAGGAGCGGUUCCGGUCCAUGGUGUCGACCUUCUACAAAGGCUCGGACGGCUGCAUCCUGGCCUAUGACGUCACUGACCUGGAGUCCUUCCACGCCAUGGAUGACUGGAGAGGUGACAUCCUGGAGAAGACAGUCUCCACGGGCCAGGCCUUUCCCAUGGUGGUUCUGGGGAACAAGAUCGAUCUGGAUGACCGACAGGUCUCCCAGGAGGUGGCUCUAGGAUGGUGCACAGAGAAGGACAUCCCAUACUUUGAAGUCUCUGCCAAGAAUGAUAUCAACAUUGAGCAGGCAUUCGAGACACUAGCCAGGCAGGCACUAGUGAGGUACCGAGGGAUUCUGGACAGCUAUUUCACCGACUCCAUCAAGCUCACUCCCGAAGACCAGACACAAAGUAAAUGUUGCUGAUAGAGGUGGGAGCCCACCUCAGGACCCAGCUAGGCAGCUGAUAAGACUGAAACCCGCUGCCCAACUUCUGGUGGACUGGAAGAGGGAGAAAGCCAUUGAACUAUGUCUCCAGGCUAAGAACCGCCCUUAACUUGGGAAAGCACUGCUCCGUCUGGAAAAUCUAUCCCGCACCCCAUCAUCUACCAGAGUGCCUUCCUACUAAUAACAACUAUGGUACUUUUUUAAGCAUUUACUAGAUGCCAAACACUGUUCGAAGCUCUAGGGUAGAGACAAAUUAGAUUGGACACAGUCCUUAACUCGGGAAAGCACUGCUCCAUCUGGAAAAUCUAUCCUGCACCCCAUCAUCUAGCAGAGUGCCUUCCUACUAAUAACAACUAUGGUACUUGUUAAGCCUUUACUAGAUGCCAAACACUGUUCUAAGCUCUAAGGUAGAGACAAAUUAAUUAGAUUGGACACAGUCCUUAACUCAGGAAAGGACUGCUCCAUCUGGAAAAUCUACCCUGCACCCCAUCAUCUAGCAGAGUGCCUUCAUACUAAACAACUAUGGUACUUGUUAAGCAUUUACUAGAUGCCAAACACUGUUCUAAG